UUAAUGACCUCGCGUACUGUUUAGUGCGGAAGUAGGCAGUGCGCUAGUGAGCGUAGUCAGAGAUUGAACUUGAGUAGCGCUGCUUUGUCGCUUUACACUCCGAGUGUGCUGCCCGAGAGUCAGCAGGGAGUUUUGUAGACCUUGGACUGUGCAGAAGGCGAAGAAAAGCAGCACAGACUGUCCUUUCCUACUAGCCUUCAGCUUUUGGAUUUACUUUUGGAGAUGCUGAACCGAGUCCUAGGUGUUAAGAAGGAGGACUUCCAGGCGCCAGACUAAGCAAGCCAACCAUUACCUACCUCUUAUUCCUGCUCUCCAGUGGUUUCUGACUCCAGUUUCCAAGCACCAUGGCGUUUUUAAUGAAGAAGAAGAAGUUCAAGUUCCACGUUCAUUUCACUCUAGAAGAGCUGACGGCUGUGCCGUUUAUCAACGGGAUGCUCUUCUGCAAAAUCCGGCUUUUGGAAGGGGGAGACUUUGUCAUGUGUUCAUCUAGGCAAGAGGUGCAGGAGAACUGUGUUCGCUGGCGAAAGAAGUUCUCCUUCGUGUGCAAGAUGAGUGCUAAUCCUACGACGGGGGUGCUGGACCCCUGCAUCUGCCGAGUGUCUGUGCGAAAGGAACUGAAGGGCGGAAAGUCUUUCUCAAAGCUGGGCUUUGCUGACCUCAACAUGGCGGAGUUUGCGGGUUCAGGCUCCACCGUGCGCUGCUGUAUCCUGGAGGGCUACGACACCAAGAACACUCGGCAGGACAACUCCAUUCUGAAGGUCACUAUUGGGAUGACUCUUCUCUCCGGGGAUCCUUGCUUUAAAACGCCUCCAAGUACAGCUAAAAACACAGCACUCGCUGGUCAGGACCCGUCUCUACAGCUGGACUGUAAGGGAGAGGGCACUGGCAAUAACCCGACUCCACCCACAGGCAUCAGCCCGGGAAUCAGCUCCAGCCGCACACACAAACCCAGAACCUCUAUGCCCUGCUCAGGUCUGCCAGAAAUGUUAGACGAGAACCUCUCACCAGAAGAGGUGUUUCACACAGGCCACUCGAGGAAUUCCAGCUAUGCCAGCCAACAGAGCAAAGUUUCAGGCUACAGCACAGAGCACUCGGGCUCGUCCAGCCUGACAGACCUGAGCCAGCACCGGAGGAACACAUCCACCAGCAGCAGCAAUGCUUCAGCCGGGACCACCACGGCUACUGAAAGCCCAGCAGAGCCGGACAAAGAGCCGGUGAAACCCGAGAAGCCUCCUCGCCCCCCGAGGCCUGCCAUACUCACUAACCGACCUUCUAGGAGAAAGAAGGACUCUGUGGAGAACCACCCCACCUGGGUGGAUGACACGCGCAUCGACGCUGAUGACAUCGUGGAGAAGAUCGUCCAGAGUCAGGACUUUGCUGAUGUCAGCAACAAUGAGGAUAGCAAUUUGCAACUGUUUGUCAGUCGGGAUGGUACCACUGCUCUUAGCGGCAUCCAGCUGGGCAACAGGGUGUCAGCGGGGGUGUUUGAGCCUGUCGUGAUUGAGAGUCAUUAGUGGUAUCAGUCACACUCCUCCUGAAAUAUGAAAGAUGGCCAAAAUAAGUGAGGAUGACAGAGAAGACAGAGGGGAAGUCCAGCAUCGCACUAGCAAGAUGUUUUGCUACUUACAUUCUUUUUAUUGUCUUCACCGAUCAGUUUAUUCACAUGCUAUGAUGAUAACACCGAAAAUCCUACAUUGUAUUAUACGCAAACGGUGGUGGGUGGUUUUUUAUUAGUAUUAUUAUUAUUAUUAUUACUAUUAUUAUUAUCAUUAUUAUUAUUAUUAUUAUUAGCCACGUAAUCAGAAAGAUGUGUUACUGACACCCUAUUUGCAAGUAAACAAACUACUUGAAAUACCUGAAGUAGUCGCACACUGUGAAAAACUGUCUUUGGCCUAGGAAACAUCGUAUUUAUGGCCUAAACGGCAGCCCUUAGGAUUUUUAAGUAGUAAUACGAUUCAUAUUUGGUUAGCCUUUCCGAUAUUAUUUAAUGGUUCCGAUCUGUGUUUUCCUUCUUCCAGAUUUGUUUUUCUGAACAUUUGUUUUGCCUGCGUUACAGACCACUAAAACGUGUUCAGAGUCUUAGCAUUUAUAUUCUGCUUUACUUAACCACUACCUUUUAAAAAGGAAAAUUCCUUUUUUUUUUUUUAAAUAAAGAAAACUGCAUGUUUAGCAGUGGUUUAAAAACAUUUUUUCUUGAUUGCAUGCUUUUAAAGUAAGAUAUAUUACAUUAAUUACCCACUGAAGGUUUCCACAGGGCAUAAAACCCUUUAGUUUCAGAUGGUUUCAGAUUUUUGUGUGUCCACUAUUAUAUCAGUGAAUAUUUUAACAUACUUACUGAAUAUUUAAACCUAAAAUCCUGAUCUAUGAGAUUAAUAACUUGUGUUUUCGGUGUACUGGCUUAAACAGACACCUGAAUUAUGAGUCAAACAUUUGGAUAUCUUUCGAUUAUAUAGGUAGUGUACGUCUCUGGCAAAUUUCUCAGUAUUUUUAUACACCACUUUCUCCAGAUUCAGUAAGGGAAGUGUUCAGAGUGAAAUGUAAAUUCAGUGCCAAAAUCUAUAUUUAGCACCGAUAUUUAAAUUUUUGACUCAUUACUAACGCAAUAGGCAAGACACCUGAAACUGCACCUUUCUGCUUUUUCGGAUAAAGUAGCUCUUAGAGUAAACCUGAGUAAAAUUCACCCAGCAGAAAAGCCAAUUCACUGAAGGGGAAAGGACAGAAUAUAAGAGUAUUUAUAAUUUGUUGCUAGUAACGGUUACUUUCGCUUUGUGUUGACUUCAUCUGUUUGAAAUUUGACCUGUGAAUUUAUGAGCCUCAAUUUUUUUUUUUUCCAAUUUCUUUAAAUUGAAAUAGGAGCGCAGGAACAUGGGAACAUGUGACCAUCUUGGGUGUAACUCAAUUCACUGUUCUUGCUAGAUAGAUCAGUUGUCUUGCAAGUUUACACACUGAGCAUGUAUAGAAAAGCAUCAUAACCAGCGUAGUAGGAAUGUCUUUAUCAGGUCUUAAACGAAUCAUUAGAUAUAAUAACUUUUCGAAAAUAUUGCGUCGCUAAAACAAGUUUUCACUUUAAAGACAGAUUUGCUGGUUUUUAUGCCCUGUGGAAGCCUUUGUGGGUGAUUUUUGUGCAAUAUUUUACUUGAAGAAAAUCAUCCAAAUUGUUUUGAACCAUUGCAGAGUAUUCAUAAAAUAUGGUUUUGCUAUUAGUUGGAAUUUUCAAACCAUAUGACAAAAAGAUGAAUAGACACAUAGAGGUGUAUGGCUGGCCAUACCAAAACAUAUCAGAUUCAGGUUAACAAGCUUCUAGCCAUUCCUCCAUAGAUUACGGCCUUCUGACAUGUUUUUGUUGUGUGUGUGUGUGUGUGUGUGUGUGUGUGUGUGUGUGUGUGUGUGUGUGUGUGUGCGCGCGUGUAUGUGUGUUGGGGUAUUAGAGCUUUCAUACUCGUGACUCAUAUGUUCUCCAGCUGGCCUGGGGAAUCCCACUAAAGGUCAGAUUUCUUCAUAUCCAUACUCUCCAUCUCCAUCAGCAUACACACUCAUCCAGCUCUUCUUCGCUUGUAUAUGUUUGUGCUGCAGGAUUCAGCCGUGCAUACAAGUGUUAAUCAAGUAUUAGAAUUGUACUGCCGUGCAGUGCACAGAAUGUCCUCGUCAUUCUCCUAUCGAUUUUUGCUCCAUUUUUAACACAGAACGUGCCAAUAGUGCUGUAAGGAAAUGCGUUUAUCAUUGCGGAGCAGAAACCCGUGAGCUUGUGUGCAGCAUAAUAGAAUGCAUGUGAGUGGACACAUGGAGGAUGUGGCUUGAAAAACUGGCCUUGUUUUGCAGGCUUAGAUCAGAGCAAAUGACUCAUAAUCACGCCACUAAACUUGGCAACAGCCUUCGCGUCUCCCACUGCACCUGGUGUGCGUCCAGAGACAGAGGAGCUUUUCCCCGUCUGUGUUAGUGUGUGUGUGUGUGUGUGUUAGUGUGUGUGUGUGUUAGUGUGUGUGUGUGUUAGUGUGUGUGUGUGUUAGUGUGUGUGUGUGUGUGUGUGUUAGUGUGUGUGUUAGUGUUUUAAAAGUCUGUGUACUGUUUUGUUUUCAGUUUGAAUGAGCUAACCAUGAUGUUUGUCAUGGAGAAAAAUCAUCUCAGUUGAUCUGAGAUGACGUACAGAGUAGAAAACUUUGCACAUUUUCGUUCCCUUAUCUUUACAAAUAAAAGUGCAAUGUAGGCUUGAUUCAAGGAUUAUUUCAUGCUUUAAUACUUUAACAUGUGAUUCCAAGCUGUAGCGAAAUUUGACAAACACAAGAUAUUUCCUACAUUUGUGUAAGGAAUUCUAUAUUAAAGAUUGCUCCAUGGAUUGCUCCUGACAAAUAACAAACUCUUUCAUUAUAAUAUUUCACAGUUCAGUUGACUAAGAGUCCCUACAAACAAGUCCAUACAGCUGUGACAAAAUCAGUUAAAAUCAUUUUCUCAGGUUCUUCAUUAUACUUCACAUUCAGAGAAAUAAAAGUACAAGAAAUGGAACUAUUUUUGGUUUUCUAAAGAUCCUUUUGAUCGAUGGAUGGAUAGAAAUGUUCUUUAUUAUUAUGUUCUUGAUUAUUCAGUUUAUCGUGGUGAAAAGAAUUGCUAAAGAAUCAUGGGGCGAAAUGUUGUAAAGGAAAUGAAAAAAAUGGUUCUUCUUACGGCACAUCUUUGUUCCCCAGACAAAAAAUUUGUCACAUGUCAUUUCCUUUCGAAUAAAAACAGCAGAUGACCACUUUGACAUAUGAAUCUGGAAUGAUUGACAUUUGCCUAAGUUUUUUGAACUCCGUGUGUGCAAUCUGUUGACGUUGUACAAUAACGCACUACUGUUGGUGGAUGUGACUAAAUUUUUUGUCCAGGGAACAAAUAUAAAGUACAUUACAAUUAGAUAAGUGCAUUUGUGCAGGAUGCCUAAUUUAUAUCAAGGGAACUUAUUUUCCAAAUGAUCUUUAAACUCUUGUCAUGCCACACACUUUCUGAUUCCUACAUCUAUUUGCAGCACAGUCUGUCACUCUCUGUGCCGAUCUUGCUCUCAUAGGUCAUCAGCCACGUGCUAAUGCUAAUACUGUGCUGUCUUACUAAAUUUCCAAACCAGCAGGCUGGUUUAUUUUCGAUGGCUAUUUCCAUCACAACUCUCUUUAUUCUUAUUUCGUUAGUGAUUAAUGAGAAUUGUGCCAGCGUGAGAUGACUGAUGUACACACUACUUAAGAGGCUAUACCUGCUUGCUCUUUCUUUCUACUUUAUAAAGAGCCUUGUGCCAUGCUGUUGUUCGGUCGUAACAGACUGUAACCUGUGACUUUUUUUUUUUUUUUUUUUAAUCACAAACGUAAAUGUAAACCUGAUUUAAUUUGCUAUGUGAGUACAUUAUCGGGAUGUAUGAGGGGCAAAAGGAUUUCAUGCACCAUAGUGUUUAUGUAAUUUGCUGUUUGUGAGUUACAUUAGUAAAAUUACAAAGAAUGCUUGAAAUACAAAGUAAUUCCCUCAUCGUGAUGCAAGUGUCCACACUCUGAUUGAUUUACACGGUUUUUGAGACUGAAAAUGAUUUGUGGGUAAAAUGUGGCGUGUGUUGACUUUACGUGAAUCAUUAUGAGUUUUGGGUAUUAGUUAUAAAUGAAACGUUAAACUACACUGUGAUGUUUUAGGGAUGACACACACCACAACGGCACUUAAAUACUAACGUUCAUGUAACAAGAUAUACAACUUUGUCCAUAACUAAUGACGUCUGUCUCUCUAUUUUGUAAAUGGUUAUAAAGCUAUGCACUUGGCUCAGCCAGAAAGAUUCCUUUAAGAGUGGUUCAUUUUCACCACUAUAUUCCGUACAGUUAUCAAAUUUUCAGUAUAUAUUGGAAAAUUUAAGAUGUCUAUGAAAAGCCAAUACAUAUAUUUAACUCUACCACAAAUUUCUUUAUUUUUCUGAUUAUAUUAAAUAUAGAAUUAUAGAUGAAUACUUCUAUUUUACGAUCACACAAAUAAUAUUGUUUCCAAAGUUUUCUUGACCUCAUGUUGUAUUAUUUGAUGUAUUAUUGUUUCAUGAUGGAUCUAAACCGUAUUUCUACACUCAAAUAUGGAUGUUUCAUAUUCUGUAAUGUAAAUUUGUUUAUGGAUGCAUAUUAAUGGACUAUUUGGGAGGAAAUAAAGGAAAUGUUGGGCAUCGUAUAAUAAA